ACCACAAUCACUAGUCACCAAUCAACAGACAUCAGUCAUAUUGUUCACCACAUACUCAUUGCUCUGUCUGGUCACUAGCUACUCUGCUUGGGAAGAAAUUAGUAGGGAAAAAAGUAAUUAAAAGAAAGGAAAAGCUAACGAAAUGGGAGAAGAGAAGCCGAAAUCAGCUGGAGUUUGGAACACGGUGAAGCCGUUCGUCAAUGGCGGUGCCUCCGGUAUGCUUGCUACCUGUGUUAUACAGCCCAUUGAUAUGAUUAAGGUGAGAAUACAGCUUGGCCAGGGUUCGGCUGCUGAGGUGACCAAAAACAUGCUAAAAAGUGAAGGUGUAGGUGCUUUUUACAAGGGUUUGUCUGCUGGGCUUCUUAGACAGGCUACAUAUACGACAGCACGUCUUGGAUCAUUCAAAAUUUUGACGGCCAAGGCAGUGGAGGCGAAUGAUGGAAAGCCGUUACCUCUUUAUCAGAAGGCGUUGUGUGGGCUGACGGCAGGUGCCAUUGGGGCAUCGGUUGGCAGCCCUGCUGAUCUGGCGCUCAUACGCAUGCAGGCGGAUGCGACUUUACCAGCUGCCCAAAGGCGGAAUUACACGAAUGCGUUCCACGCGCUUUACCGUAUAGUGGCCGAUGAAGGUGUCCUUGCUCUUUGGAAAGGUGCGGGCCCCACGGUUGUGAGGGCAAUGGCUCUUAACAUGGGCAUGCUUGCAUCGUAUGACCAGAGUGUCGAGUUCUUCAAGGACUCUCUCGGUUUUGGUGAGGCUGCUACAGUGCUAGGGGCUAGUUCUGUAUCGGGAUUCUUUGCGUCAGCUUGUAGCUUGCCAUUUGAUUAUGUGAAGACCCAAAUACAGAAAAUGCAGCCAGAUGCCGAAGGGAAGUAUCCGUACACUGGUUCUCUUGAUUGUGCCAUGAAGACACUCAAGUCUGGUGGGCCCUUCAAAUUCUAUACAGGAUUCCCUGUGUAUUGUGUUCGAAUCGCGCCUCAUGUCAUGAUGACAUGGAUAUUCCUGAAUCAAAUCCAGAAGUUGGAGAAAUCUGCUGGAUUGUAACAUACAAGCAUGGAGCACCGGACAUUGUUCUCAGUCGACCCUUUGGAUCAGAAUGAUUAGCGGUUAUAUAUUUUGAAAUUGACGGUCUGGAUCUUGUACUGAACAGAAUUAACCAUAUGUACUCUUAGAUCUUCAUCGGUGAGAAGAUGGUUUAAAUAUUUUGUUUUUCAUAUGCUUCUUUUCUUUGAGCCAAUCCAACUACUGCUGGCUCAAAUUUAUGGUUUAAGCUCAAUUUUAGAGAUUGUGUGCAGUGAUGUUAUAACCCCUCUUUCGAAUCUUUAUUUGUUAGUGCAUUUAUUUAUUUAUUUAUUUUUUG